AUGAAGCCCACCAGCCUCAAGAUGCUCCUCGCCGGAGGCGCCCUUUCCUCCGGCGCUCUGGCCCAGACGAGCGGCGACCUCACCAUCCUCGCCAUGAACGUCGCUGGCCUGCCCGAGAUCCUCCAGAACAACGAGGUGCCCGGCGACAAGACGACCAACUCGCGAACCAUCGGAUCGUACUUCGCCAAGUACAACUACGACAUCAUCAACGUUCAAGAGGACUUCAACUACCACGCCUACAUCUAUGAGACGGACACGCACCCUUACCGCACCGCAACCUCCGGCGGCGUGCCCCUCGGCUCCGGCCUCAACACCCUCGCCAACUAUGACUGGAUCGAAUUCGAGCGCGUGAAGUGGUCAACCUGCUCCAAUGCCUCCGGAUCCGACUGCCUGACGCCCAAGGGCUUCACCUUCAUGCGCCUCCGCGUCGCCGAGGGCGUCUACGUGGACGUCUACAACCUCCACACCGACGCCGGCACCGAGGCGGGCGACCUCACGGCCCGUAACAGCAACCUCCACCAGGUCGCCGACUACAUCGACACCUGGUCCGUCGGCAACGCCGUCCUCGUCUUCGGCGACACAAACUCCCGCUACACCCGCACGUCGGACCAGAUCGGCGUCUUCGCCUCGCAGAACGGCAUGCGCGACGUCUGGCUCCAGCUCGAGCGCGCCGGCGUCGUGCCCACCGUCGAGACCCUCUGCGCCAACCCCAGCACCACAAAUUACUGCGAGACGGUCGACAAGGCCUUUUACCGUGGCAACGCCGUCGUCAACCUCGAGGCCACCUACUUCAACUACGAGAGCAGCAAGUUCCUCCAGUCCAACGGCAGCAUCCUCACCGACCACAACCCCAUCACCGCAAACUUCACCUGGUCCCUCUCCUCCACCCUACGCCAAUCCGACUUCUCCGGCGGUCCCCACGGCGACUGGUUCUCCGACCUGCCCGCGCUCGCCAGCAAGUCCAAGCCCAAGGCCUCGGUCCUGACCUUCCGCGGCGCGGACCGCCUCGACUCCGUCGCCGUCACGCUCGCCGACGGCACCGUCUUCACACACGGCGGUACCGGUGGCACGGCCGCGACGCUGACGCUUGCUGCGACUGAGUACUGGACCGCUGCUAAGCUCUGCUGGGGCAAGAAGAGCAACGAGACGCGCAACUUUUACAUCCAGGCGACUACCAGCACGGGCCGAACGGUCGCGGCUGGUACGACGACGUCGGAUUGCGCGACGCACACGGCGCCUUCGGGAUGGCAGAUUGUCGGAUACUUGGGACGGGACGGGGAUGAGAUUGACAGGUUGGCAUUUGUUUAUGCGCCUCAGUAA